AUGCCUCCUAGUGGCCCACAGGCCCGGGCCGGGGACGGCGGCAGGGCGGCGGGCCUGCCGCGGCUCGACGUGUCGCUGGCCGAGUCCGAGUAUCGCGAGCAGCGCCACAGCCACCGCCGCCAGCAGUCGCUGCAGAGCCUCCACGCUGGGGGACCUGGUGGCAACAACAACAACAACAACAACAACAACAACAACAACAAUAGCCCACUGCCUUCACCGCUCUCGCCCGCCUUCAGCAGAGACGAUCGGCCGCCGCCGCCGUACCUGGCGUCGAUGCCGUCCUCGCCCUCCUACAGCCACGCCUCGUUCGCGCCCCUCGACCCCACCCAGAAGCAGGAGCUGCUCGGCGGCGGCGAUACAGCCUCGCCGCGGCAGGCCAGCCCGACGUACCUGAGCCCCUACGGCGGUGGCGGCGGGGCCAGCCCGGGUGGUGGCGGCGGCAGCGGGUAUAGCAACAGCACUGAAUGGAUCCCCAUGCAGCGGCCCCUCCCGCCGCUGGGGGCGGUGGCGGCCGCGCAGUCAAAGAGGCGGAGGCGGCUGCGCAUGGUGGCUUUCUGCAUAGCUCCCCUGCUGCUGUUCAUCCUUGCUGGGGUGCUAGUCAUUGUGCUGGGCAUCGUGCGUCCCAGCACCAAGCCGGCUUGA